CCACCUCCACCUCCACCAUCAAAAGUUCAAAACCCAUCCUUCAAAAAAAAAAAAAAAAACCACACUCCUCUACUCCAUCUUCACUCUAAAACACACACACACUCAAAAACCCACUUCACAAAACAAUCCACCAUGAUAGCCUCUUCUUCUUCAAUCUCCCUAAAGAAUCCCCAUAGAAUCACAAAUCCAAAAACCCAAUCCUCCCUUCAAACCCCUUCCAUCCUACAAUUGCCCAAACACUCUCCUCCCACAAAUUUCCCAACUCCAAUUACAAGGAGAGAUGGACAAGACAACAAGCCUCAACAAGUAGUAGUCAAGGAGGAGGUUCAAAAUAGCAAAGGAUGGAACUUUCUACAACGAGCCGCCUCGAAGGCGCUGGACGUGGUCGAGUCGGCUCUGGUCGCUCAGGAGCGUCGCCACCCGCUUCCCAAAACCGCCGACCCACGUGUUCAGAUCGAAGGAAAUUAUGCUCCCGUGCCCGAGCAGCCGAUCGUUCACGACCUGCCCGUGGUUGAGGGGGAGAUUCCGGAUUGUAUUCGGGGGGUUUAUGUAAGGAACGGGGCGAACCCGCUCCACGACCCGGUUGCCGGCCACCACUUGUUUGAUGGGGAUGGGAUGGUCCAUGCGGUCCGAUUCGGGGACGGUUCGGCCGACUACUGCUGCCGGUUCACGGAGACGAGCAGGCUGGUUCAGGAGAGACAAUUGGGUCGCCCGGUUUUCCCCAAAGCCAUCGGCGAGCUCCACGGCCACUCCGGGAUUGCGCGGCUGCUGCUGUUCUGCGCCCGCGGUCUCUUCGGCAUUGUUGACCCUUCUCACGGGACCGGCGUGGCGAACGCCGGGUUGGUCUAUUUUGGCGGAAGAUUGCUCGCGAUGUCGGAGGAUGAUUUGCCGUACGAGGUCAGGGUCCUCCCCUCCGGCGAUCUGGAAACCGUCGGCCGGUUCGAUUUCGACGGGCAGUUGGCCAGCACGAUGAUCGCCCACCCGAAGAUCGACCCGGUCACCGGGGACAUGUUCGCGCUGAGCUACGAUGUCGUGAAGAAGCCGUACCUCAAGUACUUCCGAUUCUCGGCGGCGGAGGGGGCAAAAAAUCCCCAAAUUGAAAAAUCCCCUGAUGUUGAAAUUGAGCUGGAACAGCCGACGAUGAUGCACGAUUUCGCCAUAACGGAGAACUUCGUGGUGAUCCCCGACCAGCAGGUGGUUUUCAGGCUGCAGGAGAUGAUCCGCGGCGGGUCGCCGGUGAUGUACGACAAGGAGAAAGUGUCCCGAUUCGGGAUUCUGGACAAGAAUGCCGCCGACGGGAAAUCGAUUCGAUGGAUCGAAGCUCCCGAUUGCUUCUGCUUCCACCUCUGGAACGCGUGGGAGGAGCCGGAGACCGACGAGGUCGUCGUGAUCGGCUCCUGCAUGACCCCGCCGGACUCCAUUUUCAACGAGAGCGACGAGCAAUUGACCAGCGUCCUCUCCGAAAUCCGCCUCAAUUUGACCACCGGGAAAUCCACCCGCCGCCCUAUCAUCUCCGAGCAGGUGAAUUUGGAGGCAGGGAUGGUGAAUCGGAACUUGCUGGGGAGGAAGACCCAAUUCGCUUACCUGGCUCUCGCCGAGCCGUGGCCGAAAGUUUCCGGCUUUGCCAAAGUCGACCUCUCCACCGGGGAGGUUCAGAAGCAUAUCUACGGCGAGGGGAAGUACGGCGGCGAGCCUCUGUUUCUUCCCAGGGAGGACAACCUGAAGUCUGAGGACGACGGCUACAUACUUGCCUUCGUCCACAACGAGAAGGAGUGGAAAUCUGAGCUGCAGAUCAUCAACGCCAUGAAUUUGAAGGUGGAAGCCGUCGUCCAGCUCCCUUCUCGGGUUCCAUACGGCUUCCACGGCACUUUCAUAAGCGCCAGCGAUUUGGCAAACCAGGUUACCGCCGUCUGAAUUUACUGACUCGCGGUAAAUGUUUCUAUUACUUCCAUUAGGUGAAUCGUUUGGGGUUGUAAGACAAGACAGGAGGAGAUUUACCAGUGGGAUGUGUACUAUCGUCCCCGGAAAUCUCCUUUUUUUCCAGAAAAUUUACUUUUGCUGUAGGAAGGUAAAUACGAGGACCAUACACUCUGUUUUUUGUGGGUUCUCUGUUUUUUCUUUUUACAAGAGGGGAGGGCCAAGCUUGAAGCUGUUUCUUCAUUAGGGUUAGAAGAACAUGGAGCUCAGCUGGUCUCUCUCUGCUUAUUCUUUCACUUUUGUUUGUUCUUUUACCACAGGUUGUAACUCUGUAGCAGCCAGCCAGUUUCGUUACUGAGCUUUGUGCUGUGGGUUGUAUGUAUUAUGAGUGAUUGCUCUGUUUUUGUCACUCUGCUUUUUCCACUUGUAAAUUUGUACCUGUCCCUAUACAUACAUAAAUAAAUGAAAAAGAAGUCUUCUGUUUUCUAAUUCAUGUUUCGAUUGGUCGAGAAAUUUGAGUUGUUGGUAGGAGGUUCAAAUAUCGGUAUUACAUUAUUUAUUGACAUAUUUCCCACAAAUGAAAACCAAUUCACAGAUUUGAAGUAUGCACAAACUCUCCAUAAUUUUUUUCUUAAUGGAGAUGAUUAGUCCACGAGAGCUACUAAUUAAAAACCCUGAUAGCAUAUUGAAAAUUGAUGCAUUCUAAUAAUUCGAACUAUUGAGAAUAGUAACUCUAUCGGUACUUAGUUUAUUUUCGUCGUGUGAUUAAGUUUGAAUCCUUUCUAUUAUGUCUUCCCUGUAGCCGCGUACAAAAACAUCACACUCAAAAUCUUUCUUUAAGAAUACUCAUCACGUGGUGCUUUUAAACUUGAAUAGUGCGUCUUUUCUACCUGAUUAGGUAGCUCAACCGUCAAGCUAAAUAAAUCGACGAAUAAAAGUAUAGAGCGUUAUUGUUUUUAUCCACGUAUCUGGCUCAGCUUUUGCUUGUACUCUAGUUAUGAUUAUGAAUGAAUCCACACUCUCACUAAACAAAGGAAAAGAAACCACACAAACCUAAACAAUUGUACAUCAUGUAUUACUUUAUGUAAUUAACGACAAUCAGUGAUAGAGAUCAUGCGAUUGAUUAUAUAUAAUCCUCUGUUCUUUAAUCAAUCAUGGUGGCAGCCGAACUCAUAUUGGUCCAUUAUAUUUCUCUACCUACAAAUAAACUAGUACUAGUAUCGCUAUCCAAAAGGCUUCUCCAAUCUUCGGCUAUAGCAAGGAUAAGAAAGUUCCUUUCUCCAUUGCAUUUUUUUUAUAGAGAGAAGAAGAACACAAAGGUCCUACGUGAAAAAGCAGCAAGCACCCAUUUCCGUUCUUAAACAAAGGGGUCGAUUUCGGCUGAUAACUACCAGAAUUUGGUGAAAUGGACGCUGGUGGGGGUUGGAUUUUGCCCAUUUCCUUCCUUCCCGAUAUGCAUAGGUCACCGGUGUAUUAUUAUACUGUCUUGAAAAUUGUUUGAUGGGCGCUGGCGGUCUGUUACUGGCCGGGUGAUGACCCAGACAGGGUUCUAAAAAAAGAUUCAUGUCUCUGCCAAUCACAGAAACAAACAAACAACCACAACGGGAAAUCUGACCACUCCAACACACUCCCCCCUGUUCACUCUUUCCACGUGUCCCCAGAUAUUUCUUGAUGUUUUUUCUCUUUGAAAAUUUGGGGGUAAAGAACCACAACCUUUUCGUUGAGGCAUGUUCAUCGCUCGUUGGGUUUAGUUCUUCGAAGUUAAUCGGAACUUCUAGCAGGUCGAGAUGCUAUGUGCUUGACGGUUGAUCUUGCUCAGAUUGUGUGGAGUGGUCGUUUGAAGAGAUUCUAAUGUGAUUAUUCGUCAAUUUUAGCAAGGAUUGUUGACGAAUGCAGUAGGUGGUCACGUUCCCUAUGCUGACCUAUCCACUGAUUGUCCAAAAUCUGAAUAAAUUUGAUUCAUAUCA